UGCCUGUCGGCCUGGGCCCUGUCCUUCGCCCUCACCCUCCUGCUGCUGGCCAACGACGCCUUCCGCCGGCCGCCGCCCCGCCGCGACGUCCCGCUGGCCCUGGCCUGCGCCGCCGGCCUGGCCUGCGCCGCCGCCACCGUGCUCUGGCCGCUGGGCCACCUGAGGGGGGGACAAGAUGGCAGCCGCGAGGGCCGGCCCCGCGCCCUCCGCGCCGCCGCCGCCGCCUUCUCUGCCGCGGCCACCUUGGCCUACGCCGCCGAGGUGACCCGCGACCGCGCGCGGCCCGGCGAGGCCGCCCCGUACCUGGCCACCCCCUCGGGCCUGCUCAAGGUGGCCGAGGCCUUCCUGGCCCUGCUGCUGCUGGGGCUGGCGGCCGAGCUGGGCGCGGCCUCGGGCCCCACGGCCUGGCGCUGGUGCCUGGGCAUCUUCUGCGUGUCCUUCGUGCUGGGCGCGCUGCUGGUCGGGGGGUGCCUGCUGGGCUGGGGGUGGUGCGGCUGGAUGCGGGACCCCGAGGGGCUGCGCUGGGGGCUGGGGGUCUACGCGGGGUUAGGGGUGGUGGCCUACGGGGCGGCCACGGUGCUCUGGGCGCUCUACGGCUUCUCCGAGGAUUUGGGGGGCCGGGCGCGGCGGCCCUACGGCUGCUCCCCGAGCUGCCCCUGGGACAGGACGGUGCUGGUGGCCGUGAUCAGCGGCAUCAACCUGGUGGCCUUCGGCGUCGACCUGGGCCAGACGGGCAGGCUGGUGCUGCUGAGGGCGUGAGGGGGGCACUAAA